AUGGGGGGCCCCCCUCCUGCUGCACGUUCAGCAGGGCCUGUGCAGUCUCUUAUUUACUCAUUAGAGAACAAAGGAGGCUCCCGCCUGCUGCAAAGCGCAGUCAGCCGCCAGCAGCGUAGCCGCUACGAUCGUCUCGUAGGUUUCCUUGCUGGUCAGGGGAGGCCCCAGGUGUCUCCUUUUGGGCCCCCCAACGAGCAGCAGCUGCUGCAGCAGCAACAGCAGCUUGUUAGGGAGUUGUUGCGGGCCCCUUCUGCUGCUUCUGCUUCUGCUGCUUCUGCAGCUUCAGCAGCACCGAAGGGGGAGGAGCAGAAGCCUACAGACACGCACUGUCAGCCGUCCUCCUCUUCUUCUAAACCCUCUUUAGGCUAUCUGUUUGCUUUAUUGCGACAGCCUCUAACAUUAUCGCUGCGUCAGGGGGCCUCAGGGGGGCCCCUCCUGAGGGUCCCCCUUGGAGAAGACUCACUGGGGAGACACCGGAAGCGGAGACACCGAGAAGAUGUGUGUCUCUGUUUACUCGAGAUAGCUUCUCUUGACUUAAGGCUGCGUCUGUCUCUGUUGCAGAGUGCCUUAAAGACCUGGGAUCGACGAUCCCGGAUCUACAAGGGAAGAGACAUCGCCCUCAAAGGGCAUCAAUACCAGCAGCGCGCAGCAGCAACUGAAGAGCUCCACCCCACAGCAGCAGCAGCAGCAACAACAACAACAGCAGCAGCCAUUGAGGGCCCUUUGGGACCUGGGGAUCGUCUCCUCCUCCCCACAAAGGCGCCUGCUCAGGAGACCCGGAAGGGAGACUGGCUGAUUGCGCUGUCUGUUGAGGUGUCUCCUCAGGGUGGUGCUGCUGCAGCUGUCCCCUUAAAGGCAGCAGAGAAGCUGCUGCAGUCUCUACCAGCAGCAAACGAGACAGUUUGCUGCGUAUGGAGGGGAGCACGAACGCGAAUAAAGAGCGUUGUUGCUGCAGCAGAAAAAGGCUUGCUGCUGCUGCCUGAUGCAGCAACAGAGGAGACACCUCUCUCCUCAGCAGCACGUGGGCCCCUAGGGCCCCCAGGGCCCCCAGGGAGGAGAAAGGAGACAGUAAAGGAACCCGUCUUAUGUACUUGGAAGCCGGAGGUAGCGUUCUGCUGCGUAGAUGGUGUUGAACCCGUUGCAGUAGCAAACGAAGAGACAUAUGUUGACACCUCUAAUCCUGAUAAUCUGCUGCUGCAGCUGCCUCUACAGUCUCUCUCAGCCCUUCGGGUGUAUGUGCCACUGCGAGUCAAACGCGGUGCACCCCCAGCUGUCUCCUCUCUCCUUGUUAAGCUGCGCCUCUCCUGCAGAUCUGCUGCAGUUCCUCCUGCUCCUGCUCCUUCUCCUGCAGCAGAAGCAGCAGCAGCAGCAGCAGCAGCAGCAGCAGCAGGAACGGAGACAGCGGAAAGUGUCUCUCGCUGGCUGCCUCUAGCUGAUGGUUUGUUUACUCUAUGCGAGCAAAAGGCCCUAGGCCUUGUGCAGCUGUCUCCUCCUAUUAAAAGCAACCCCACACAAAGACGCACCUCACACCGCCAUCUCGGCUUCGCGGGGAUCGCCAGGAUCGACGUCUCCACCGCUGGGAUCGUCUACUCCGCCGACCCCACACCUCUCCAACACCAUCAUGACAGCAGCAUCACAGAAGCACACUUGAAGCACAUGCACAUGAAGCAGCAACUGCACCUGAAGCAGCAGCAGUUGCAGCACCAUCGACACACACACACACACCAAGUGCGGCACCACCACCACCAGCAGCAACAGCAGCAGCAGCAGCAGCAACAGCAAACGCGGGAGAAACAACUGCAGCAAACGCAAGAGCAGCAACAACAGAAACAAGAUCAACAACAACAGGAGCAACAACUACCAGAGCCACAAAAACACCAAGAGCAACAGCAGCAGAAGCAGGAGCAGCAGCAGCAACAACAACAACAGCAACAACAACAAAAGCAAGAGCAACAAGAGCAGCAACAGCAGCAGCCGCAGCAGCCGCAGCAGAAGCCUCAGGAGCAGCAGCAGCAGCAGCAGCAGCAGCAGGAGCAGCAACAGCAACAGCAGCAGCAGCAGCAACAGCAGCAGCAACAACAACAACAACAGCAAGAACAGCAGCAGCAGCAGCAGGAGCAACUCGCUGCUGAGGCUUCGGCCCCAACUUCUGCUCCCGAGAUCUUUCAGCUGGGGGCUGUGGGCCCCUCUCCUGCUGCUGAUCGUGCUGCUGCUGUUGCUGCUGCUGCUGCUGCUGCUGUGGCAAGUUCCACAGUCUCUCGGUCUCUUAACAACAAUGCCUUUUCGCCCGCUCUGAGGCACCAGCUGCAGCCGGCACAGCAGCAGCAGCAGCAGCAGCAGCAAGGAGCAGCAGCAGCGAACAUCCCACCACCCUACAGGGUGGUUUUUCGCUUGAACCGUCCCCAGCAGCUGCAGCAGCAACAGCUGCUGCAGCAGCAGCAGCAGCAGCAUAUGCCGUUUCCUACAGUGCCUGCACCCGUCAGGGUCUUCUUCCGUUUAGGUGCUAAUCCCCAGCAACAGCAGCAGCAGCUGCAGCAGCAGCAGCUGCAGCAACUGCAACAGCAACAGCUGAUGUACCUCCCAGGGGGGAAUCAAGAACUCCAUCAGCAGCAGCAGCAGCAACAACAGCAGCAGCAGCAGCUGGGCUGGAAGACGUCGCCUGUAAGCUAUGCAUGCGCUGGGGGCUCGCUGCAGCGGCUUGAGGAGCUGCUGCUGCUGCUGCAGCAGCAGCCUAGCACUUUGCAUUCAACGGGUCUUGUAUGGAGACGCGAAAGGAGACAGUUUCCUGCCUCUGUUGAGGAGUUGCUGCUGCAGCUGUCACCUUUAAAAAUACUCAAGACAGACAGAGCCCGCACCCUUACUCUUGUCUCUCUCAACCACCCCCCUCCAUCUGCUGCUGCUUCUGCUGCUACACCUGCUGCUGGUACUGCUGCUUCACCUGCUGCUGCUGCACCUGCUGCUGGGAGCAGUGGGGUGUAUGUGCUGGAGGCGAUCCUAAAGAGCGAAUUGCUGGAUCCCUUCGCCUAUGUUGAAUGCCUCCUCGGGUGUACGUACACCGCAGCUGCUGCAGAUCAGCAGGGCGGCCUUUCAUCUGCAAGUGGGGAGAGCAGCAACAGCAGCAACAGCAGCAGCAGCAGCAACAACAACAACAACAGCAGCAACGACAGCAGCAAGAACAGCAGCAAUAACACCAGCAAAACCAGCAGCAACACCAACAGCAGCAGCAGCAGCAGUAGCAGCAACAGCAACAGCAGUAGCAGCAGCAGUAGCAGCAGCAGCUGCCCGCUUGUUCUUUUUUCGUCUCCUUUGCUGCUGAAGCUGUAUGGAGUGUAUCAUGAUGCGUGUUGUUUGUACAUCUUGAGGGAGUGGCUGCAGCCCCCCGUUUGUAAGCUGCAGCAUCUGCUGUCUCCUCCUUUGGAGUUUAAGUUAAACGAAGAGAUCAUUAGGUGUUUGGUGCAGCAGGUGCUGCAGGCGGUGCUGCUGCUGCAGCAGCAGCCGCUGCAGCAGCAGCAACGCAGGGGAUGCCUUCAGCUAACACCCGAUAUAAUAUAUUUUCAAGAUAUUCGUCGUGUAGUAGUCGGUCUCCCUGAUGCUGCUCCUUUCUUAAAGAUUGAGACAAGCAAGGAGACAGGAUGUCUCUCUGCUGCUGCUCCUUGCUGCAGUGUCUCUCCCUACAGCGCUGCAGGGGCCCCUCAGCAUGCUGCAGCAACUGGUGCAGCAACUGCUGCAGCAACUGCUGCAGCAACUGCUGCAGCAGCAAAUAGCCUGCAGCAGCAACAAGUCAACUUCUCUUGCAUCCCUAUUGCUUAUCUCUCUCCGGAGGAACUAGGGGCCCCUUCUCCAACAAACGAUGCUGCUGCUCGUGCUGCUCCUGCUGCUGCUGCAGCAGCAGCACCUACUGCAGCAGCAUCUACUGCAGCAGCACCUACUGCAGCAGCAUCUACUGCAGCAGCACCUACUGCAGCAGCAGCUCCAGCAGCACCUACUGCAGCAUCAACAGCAGCACCUACCGCAGCAGCAGCAGCAGCAGCACCUACUGCAGCAGCAGCAGCAGGACCUGCAGCAGCAGCAGCACCUACCGCAGCAGCAGCAGCAGCUGCUGCUGCUGCUGCUGCUGAUAUGUGGCGGGUGGGAGUGCUUACGCUGCAUUUAUUGCUGAGGAAGUCUCCCUUCGUAACAAAUUCGCGGGGUGCACUAAAAAAGCUCUUAGAGAGAAGGGGGCUGAUCGGAGAGUUUUUGUUGUCUUUGCGCGGAGCAUCGCUGGAGUUAAAAGACUUCUUAGCGGGGUGUCUGCAGAUACACCCGAAUGAACGCCUAACUGCAGAGGAGGCCCUCAGACAUCCUUGGAUAAACCCUAAACCCUAA